GAAUUAGCCGCCGUACUUGAACAUAUCUCUAGCAGUGCCAGCUCCAUUCCAUCAGUCUUAUUUAUCAAGCAGCCCGAGUCACUGGCUUACCCCCGGGAUGGCGCUUUCACGCAUACUGCUCGCCAUAGCGGCCGCCGUCGGCGCCCAGGCCACCAGUAGCGACCAGGGGCCGGCGGCCUUCAUGUGGCCUCCCGACCGUGUCUGGUCCGGCCAGAUGGACAACACGGCGCCCUGCGGCUCGGUUGACGGCGCCACCACACGCACCGAGUUUCCACUCACCGACGGCAAGGUGGCCCUUGUCGCCCAGGACGACUCGUACCGGGCUUUCCUGGCCGUGUCGUUCAAGAACGACCCCCAAACCAACGCCGACUUCGACUACUUCCUCAACGUGGCGCCCAUAGCCGAGCUCGACCCGGGGCACACGUGCCUCUCGGUGCCGGGCCCGCCGGCGGACACGGCACCGGGCGCCAACGCCACCAUCCAGAUCCGCUACACGGCCGACUUCGACCGGCCCGAGAACCAGACCUUCUAUGCGUGCGCCGACAUCACGUACGUGCGCGCCGCCGACUUCAAGGCGCAGGUGCCGUGCUUCAACGCCACCGACGACCAGGACGUGCCAGCACCAACCACCACCGGCAUCCCGUCGUCGCUGCCCGGCCACGGCGACAGCGGGCCGCCGCUCGUCACCCCCGGAGCCACCCCGACACCGGCACAGGCUUCCUCGUCUUCCGGGGGGGUCACGCUGUCGAGCGGCGCCAUCGCCGGGGCUGUUGUCGGCGCCGUCGCCGGCGUCGUGCUCGUCGUUGCGCUCGCCCUGCUGUUCUACCGCGAGCGCCAGAAGAAGCUCCGCCUCGAGCACCAGCGCGACUCGGCCCGCGGCGUCCCCUGGCGCGAGGACCCGCCCAAGGACUCG